UUGGCGCUUCUCGCGAGAACUGGGGGAUGCCGAUGCUGCUGCUGCUGCCGCCGCCGCCGCCUCGGAGGGGGAGACACUCGGGGGGGAGCCAGUGACGUCGGGAGUUUUCCUGAAAGUCAAUAACGAGCCUGGCGGAGGCGGCGGCAGGAGCCGAGCCCAGCAUUGGGCCCCGCGCAGCUCCGGCUGAGUUGAGCCGGGAGGAGCCGCCGCCCUGACUUCGCGGAUGCCUCGGCCGAGCUGCUGGGGCGGCCGCUACUCAGAAUAGCGGAGAGCCUCCAUCCAUGUAGCCGCCGCCCCUGCUGCGUCUUCUCAAAGCGCUGCUAUCCUGGGCCGGAACCUUCUUGUUCAAGCUGAAGCAAACAGAGGCUGCGAAGGACCGAACCCGGCGGGGUGGGGGGGAGGACGAGGGGCGGGGGGGGGGGCUUGUCAGGAGCCGGAGCCUUCCCGCCAGUUCCGCACCAACGGCCAGCAUCCAGCGCCCUCGCCUUUGCAGCAGCCAGGUCUGAAACCAUACUGAAAAGGAUCAAGAGCAGAUGAAUUAUUCAGAAGACUGUACAGUUUUCUCUGCCACCAGCCUUUCAGUUAUCUUCAUCAUGAAAGAUUGAUUUGUCUCUAGAUCCUGAAAAGCCAGAAGUGAACUGAAACCCUGAUACUGCAAAAUACUGUCUUUGUGAGUUUGAGGGGUCAGCGUGAAGCCAUCAUGAGCGAUGUUUCAAUUGUGAAAGAAGGCUGGGUUCAGAAAAGGGGGGAAUAUAUUAAAAAUUGGAGGCCAAGAUACUUCCUCUUGAAGACAGAUGGCUCUUUCAUAGGAUAUAAGGAGAAGCCCCAAGAUGUGGAUCUACCAUAUCCUCUUAACAACUUUUCAGUAGCAAAAUGCCAGCUAAUGAAAACAGAGAGACCAAAACCAAAUACAUUUAUUAUCCGAUGUCUUCAGUGGACCACUGUGAUAGAAAGGACUUUUCAUGUAGAUACACCAGAAGAACGGGAAGAAUGGACAGAAGCCAUACAAGCAGUAGCAGGCAGGCUUCAAAGGCAGGAAGAGGAAAGAAUGAAUUGUAGUCCAACAUCACAGAUUGAUAAUAUAGGAGAAGAGGAGAUGGAUGCAUCUACAACUCACCAUAAAAGAAAGACAAUGAAUGAUUUUGAUUACUUAAAACUCCUCGGCAAAGGCACUUUUGGCAAAGUUAUUCUGGUCCGAGAGAAAGCAAGUGGAAAAUACUAUGCUAUGAAGAUUCUAAAAAAAGAAGUUAUUAUUGCAAAGGAUGAAGUGGCCCACACACUUACAGAAAGCAGAGUAUUGAAAAACACUAGACACCCCUUUUUAACGUCUUUGAAAUAUUCCUUCCAGACCAAGGACCGUUUGUGCUUUGUAAUGGAGUACGUUAAUGGAGGAGAGCUGUUUUUCCAUUUGUCGAGAGAGCGGGUGUUCUCUGAGGAUCGCACACGCUUCUAUGGGGCAGAAAUUGUUUCUGCUUUGGACUAUCUACAUUCUGGAAAGAUUGUGUAUCGUGAUCUCAAGUUAGAGAAUCUAAUGUUGGAUAAAGAUGGACACAUAAAAAUUACAGAUUUUGGACUUUGCAAAGAAGGAAUCACAGAUGCAGCUACUAUGAAAACAUUCUGUGGAACACCAGAGUAUUUGGCUCCUGAGGUUUUGGAAGAUAAUGAUUAUGGUCGUGCAGUGGACUGGUGGGGUCUCGGUGUUGUCAUGUAUGAAAUGAUGUGUGGCAGAUUGCCAUUCUACAACCAGGAUCAUGAAAAGCUUUUUGAACUUAUAUUAAUGGAGGAUAUAAAAUUUCCUCGAACUCUCUCAUCUGAUGCAAAAUCAUUGCUUUCAGGUCUCCUAAUAAAAGAUCCAAAUAAAAGACUUGGUGGAGGACCAGAUGAUGCUAAAGAAAUUAUGCGGCACAGUUUCUUUGUUGGAGUAAACUGGCAAGAUGUAUAUGAUAAAAAGGUGGUGCAGAAGUUCCAUGUGCUGGUUCCUCAUUUCUUGACAAGAGUUCUUCAGAAGCUGCUUGUCCCUCCCUUUAAACCUCAAGUGACAUCUGAGACAGACACCAGAUAUUUUGAUGAAGAGUUCACUGCUCAGACUAUUACAAUAACACCACCUGAAAAAUAUGAUGAAGAUGGUAUGGACUGCAUGGACAAUGAAAGACGACCACAUUUUCCUCAGUUCUCCUAUUCUGCAAGUGGACGGGAAUAGCUUGUUCUUCUGUUCUGCUGAUUCACAGUCAUAUUAGGUUUAUCACUGAAAAAGAGUACUGAACAUCAUCACCAGUACUUGCUAUUAUCUAGGAUAGCAAAGCACUUUCAGAGAUCAUUCCAAGCUGAACCAGUUCCCUUUCUGCCCAAUCAGCCUCUUUGGUUUAUCUGCAUGACAUUUUAUAUUGGUCUAAGGUCCCCUGCUGUUGAUGCUGUCCACUGUCUCAGCAUGAGAGUAACAGCAAGAAGCAAUCCAAAAAUGUUGUGACGUUAGAUGACAAAUUCUCUAUGGUGCAUUUUGUGCCCAGCUGGUUAUCUUUCUCUUGUCUCUUUAGAGGAGAGGCUUAAGGACAUGCCGGUCUGAGAAGCAUUUCUCACUUCUUUUAAAAGACAAAUCAAAAUUAUAGUAAAAACAACAUAGUUUAUGAUGUUUUUCUCACAUCUGUUUGAGCUGGACAGAACUGGGAAAUGUAGAAGAUGGUAAUGCAACACUUUUGCUAGUCAUAUCAUCACUUGAAUUAGACUUGCCAUUAACAUCUGGAUGAAAACAUUCAAGAGAAGGACUUAUAACUGUUAAUAUAUAAAUAUAUAUAUAAAUAUAUAUAUUAUUUUUUAAUUACUGUUGGAUACUACAAAAGAAGCAGGAGGGCUGGGAUCACCUAGCCUCCCACUUAGACUUCCAAAUUCAUUAGCAGUUAUGAAGAAUGGAACCUUUAAAAUGCAAGCAGUUAAGGGAAAAAAGGCAGCAGUUAAAGGUCUUAUAAUUAGCAUCCGAUAACAUCUCUCUCAUGCUUUUCUUUUUCUUUGUUGAUGAACAUCCCCUCUUGUGGCCGAAGAAUGUAGAGAGGCAUAACAACAACGCCUUUUCACCAAAAUUUGUACACCAAGGCAAACAGGAGUUUGCCUUUUCAUUUUUAUUAUUAUUAUUUCGAGUUUGUGAAUUAGCUUUUUUUUUCUUCAGGUAUUUAACUGAAUAUUUUUGUUACACUGCAGUAGUAUUUAUUUUUUAGUGACAACGAUUGUAUGUGUCAUGUUUGCUGCUACAUCUUAAAAGAGGCUUUUAACAAUUAUUUUGUUUAUGGAAGGACUGUACAAGCUGAACAAAAUAAUGCACUUUUUCUCCCAUGUAAAAUUUUAACAACUGUGCAAGUGUACCUUAUAGUUUGAAUUGGGUUUCUGUAGCUGAAACAUUAUGUUAUGGUCAAGAGAAAAUCCCAAAGCCAUGUAUCCAGAGGAUUUAUGCACUCUUCACUCAAGGUGAAUGUAGUAAUAAGAGUCAAGUAGCUUCACUAAACACAUUCAAGUGAAUGAAUCUACAAUGAUUACAAGAAAAGAACACUCUAGUGUAUUAUUGCAAAGAAUAGAUUAGAUUGAUGCGAACAAUAAUUCUAAGUGAUGUUAUAGCUCUGCCUACACAAAGAGAACAUUGUUAUCAACCUGAAUAGUAUUUCCUCCUAUUUUUAUUUGAGAUUUGGGAUUUUUUUUUUAAAUUCUUCAUACAAAAUUAAACACACUGAGGAAAGGCAAUCAGCCUUUGGUACUAGGAACUGGGAUUUUUCAAAUGUCCUAGUAAAUGUAACAGAAAUGUAUGCCAAUGGUAAUGACAUAACAGAAUGCUACUCCACAGGAUUAUCACUGAAGUAUCUUGGUUUCACUACCUUUACAACUCCUGUAACAAACUGUGAUUUAGCAGAGUAUUAUGAUUGCUGUGUAUGAAUGUGUACAUGACUUUUGAGAAGAAAAUAUUUACAUGCAGAUGUCUCAGCCUCUUGAUGCUGAAAAUUUGGAUAACCCUAGAAUGAAAACCACUGCAGGCAGUGACAGAUGCUGGGGUUGUCAAGAGGUAUGUGGGCAUUUUAUUCAGGCAGCUAACACACACAUACUUUCCCUCAGCAAAGUAGCUGUUUUCCAAACUUUGUACCACAACAAUCAUGAUUAAUGUUCACAUCUGCACUUAUUGCUAGAUAUUAUGACACUGAAGUAAUAUCUGCACUUAUCUGCUAGAUAACUACAUCUGCACUUAUUGCUAGAUAUUAUGACACUGAAGUAAUUAAGGGGUGAUUAUUAGCAGUCAGUGCUGAACAGAAUUGUAGUUUAUGAGCAGUAUCCCAUUUAUACCAACUGUAGCCACAUAAUUUAAUGAAAACUGUUCACAGUGGUCCUAAUCCAAAGUUUCUUAUAUGCAACGAUCUCCCCAUGGACCAGAUGGACAAAGCUGUGAGUUGUGAUGCACUACUCACGUUAUAAUGUGCGGUGGGGGAGAGAAAGCACUACCUCCACCCUCUAAAUGGGUGAUCAGCAUUGUCAGAGUUAAUACCACCAAUCAUCUGUUUGUCAGCAUGACCUAGUAAGAAGUACUACAUGCACAGUCCCUGUUGCUAGAUAUGAGGUUCCUCUUCCCUACACUAUAUCCUUUGUAGCAUAGGAUCUGCACAUGGAUCAGAUUUGCUGGAUUAGAACAAAUACGCUGCUCUGUGGCUUAAGACAUUUCUUAAUUAGGCUGAGCUGCACCUCAUUGCAGUUCUAUUUUAGCUGUUUCCUAAUGCAUAGGAAAAUCUUUUUGGAUAUAAUAAAAUUAUCAGGGUAUUAUAUUUCAAUACUAAAUUUCUAUUUAUAGGAGCUGGUGAAUUAUUUGAAACUUUGCAGUAAGUAAUGCCGGGGGGGGGGGUGCGGUUGGGUUAUCAUUCCAUGGAUGUCCACUUUAAGUUUAGGCACCCAACAUUUCAUAUUCUGAAUUGUUCUUUUGCUUUUGAGUUGGGAAGAUUAAAGUACUUCUUCAAA